UUGGCUGAACAACAUCGUCCAGUUAUUCUCAGCGAGUUGUAUAUUGGUCUUGAGAUUUUCUCCCGUGGUGGCACACAAAUCAGCGCAUGGCUUGCCAUCUCUCCCUUCCACCGAGUUUUCUCUAUCACCGACUAGCUAUUCUUACGCGAUAAAAUGAGUCAGACGGGCAUUAUGUCGAAUCUAAACAAAAACAAUGGCCAUGGUGAUACACCCACGAAAUACCACCCUUGCUCCAUCAUCCCCGAGGUCAACCCCAAGUGAUUUAUCCCCAAUGAUAAUUCAAGUGCGCGACUUAUCAGCUUUAUUUUCAUUUUUUUAUCCAACUUUUUUCUCACAUUUUUUUACAAGAGAUUCUCCUCAAGUCGCAAAUACCAGAAUUUCUCAUUAUUUGUCACCCAGUGUUUGAAUGUCUCGAUGACGUUUCGGUGAGACACCCGGACCAUCUGUGUGCUAGGAUUGACAGUGAAAGUAUCAGUGACUAUCCAACUUGGAUAAAAAAAAAAAGAGUCCGGAAAACAGCGAUAAUGAGGGGAUAAAAAAAUACAUCCAACACAAGACUUGAGAAAAAAAAAAUCGCCGCAGUUAUGUGUGCGCGUUAUCCACUGUGUCAAGAACUUUUUGCUAUGGAGAUUGACGAAUAUCCUGGUUUGACCGGUGGGAAAAUAAAUUUAACUCACUCAACGAGAGAGGUGAAUUAUUCGCACGUAGUUACUUGAUAUAGUCGUGAGGGAAAAAAAAAAAACAAAGGAGGAAUGUUCUUUUGUUCAUGAGUCUAAGGAAAGUCUAAAUAUAUCCCCUAUCUGACUUUCCAACGUACUGGUAAAUCUGGGUAUUAUCAACACUGUUUACAAAACUUUAUCCAAGUGCUGGAGUCGUGGAAAGAUCUAGCAAUUUGUAAUCCUUGUUCAGCAAUGUUGAGUGUUAUCAUUUCUAGAGUAUCACGAGUAUUUGAUUUUCAUCUGGGAUGAGUAAAGUUGAUAAUCGAGUGAAAUAAUUCGAUAAUCAGUGAACGAAGGUGUUUAGAAUGUGGACAUAUUGAUGGAUUGGGUGGAAAAAUUGAUGAAGUGUUGAGAAAUUAGGAACGAGAAUUCAGGGGAUGCCUAGCCUACACUCGCUCGUCGUACGACGAGCUAAUCCACUAAUGGAGAUGGGCACAGCAACAAGUUCUGUGACAGUUAAUCCUCCAAAGGUCAGCCAGAAGAAUGAUCUUGCUAAUAAACUGGGUGGUAUUAAAAUUCCGUUGGUGAGAAAGGAAUCGAGUGUUAAUAACUUGUCGUCGAUCGAGAGGAACUCGAUGAGCAGAGGUGCUGAUACACCUCUCCUCAGGCCAGAGAGCAGUGCAAGCCUUGAGGCACGUGGUGGCAGCUGGAUUAAUCUAGCGUCAAAAACAAAUUUGAGAAAGUGCGAGACAUCCGUGGGCCUCAGUACACUAGCCCUCGACAAUCACAGGCCCAUUAAUCGGAGUAGAGUUUGCUCCAGAUGCUCAAGCUUGUUGUCACUGGCCUCGAGUUCCCGUUACAGCCUUGCCGCUGGAAGUUUUGUACCCGCUGCACCCUCUCAGGGAACAGUCAAUCAAUUUUUGUGUAAAAUUUGUCUCCUCGAUGUUUCAUUAUCGAAAAUCUUCAGGAUUGAAGGAUGCGGUUGCUACUACUGUAAAGACUGUAUGAAAGGGUACGUCGAGUAUGAAAUCGAGGCCGGAGCGUACGAGAUAAGUUGUCCAGAUGCUCAAUGCGACUGGGCAUCAGUACUCACCCUCACCGAGAUGUCCACCCUGGUGACUCCAGAAUUAAUGGAGAAGCAUCACAAGUUUCGACUAAACAGAGACGUUUCCAUGGACAAGGAGCGCGCUUGGUGUCCGCGUGCUGGCUGUGAGACAAUAUGUUCAGUAAAUAGUAAUGGAAGUGGUGGUACAUCACCAGGACCUGUCCACUGUCCCAACUGCUCGACAGACUUCUGCUCGGUGUGUCGUGAGCCCUGGCACAACGGUGUGUGCACUAAUCUCCCAAUGGGAAUUCCCUUCGACAACGAUCACAUCAAGUGCUGUCCCAUGUGCUCUGUACCCAUCGAGAAGGACGAGGGCUGCGCGCAGAUGAUGUGCAAGAGAUGUAAACACGUUUUUUGCUGGUACUGCCUGGCUUCCCUAGAUGAUGACUUCCUACUGCGGCAUUAUGACAAGGGACCCUGCAAGAACAAGCUUGGUCACUCCAGGGCGUCUGUUAUUUGGCAUCGAACUCAGGUUAUCGGUAUUUUCGCUGGUUUUGGUCUUUUACUUCUCGUUGCUUCACCUCUUCUUCUACUCGCUGCACCCUGCAUCGUGUGCUGCAAGUGUCGGGCGUGUGGCUCCUCCAGGCUCGAUCAGGAAGCUGGAAAUCAUGAGGAUACCUCAACGUAAGCUAACAACUGGGAUAUAUCACUAUUGAAAUCACACACUCGAUCAAAGUCCAAUCGAAAUACUGACGACUAUUUUCAGUUUUCCUUCGGUAUUCAAUUAAUCAUCGAAUUUUUCAUCGUGACGCUUCUGUUGUUCGGCCUUUGAUUGUUCAUCUCUCUUUUUUUUUUCACUCAUUGGUUUUUUUUUUUAUUACAAGACUUACGUCAUUGACAUGUAAAUUUUGUUGAUUCCUUUAACGUUAUAUAUAUUUUUUCUUAUCAAUGAGAAACAAAGAUGUUUGCCGUGAAGAAUUAAUAGAAUGAUAGGAGGAGAAUAAUUUAUCAUUGGAAAUUAUUCUUUGUCUUCUUUCACGAUAAAAAUCAUCGUUUUUGAUUUAAUAUUUAUUGAUUGAAUUCAAUAUUUAUCGACUUUGCUGAUAGUGUUCGAUUAAUCUCUAGGGAUUGAACAUUCCGGUUGCUUGGAGAAACCAAUGAUUUCACAAUUUUUUACCUAUUCUCAGCUUUUGAGGUAGAUUUAAAGGGGGGGAAUUGUCGAGAUGAAACGAAAUAUAUUAUGAAGUGUUUCAUAUUUUUGAAUAAUAAUAGAGUCUACAUAACAUUUAUCGACGUAAGAUAUUUAUUUGUUGCAUUUGACGAUCGAAGUAUUGACUAAUUUUGAAUAAUUUAUGUGGAAAAUUGAGGAACGAGUGGUAGGAGGAGGAGAAGGGAGGGGGGGGGGGAUAGACAGGUUGUACAGUCUCUUUCGAUCUUGUGAAAUCGAUUAUCCAAUUUUUCGUUGAACUAAUAAUACUAAUGUGAUAAAUACGUGAAAAAUUUCUGUAUUUCGUGAGGAGUCAGUCAAUGUAAUUUAAAUGAUCAUCUUUCAUUCUUAAUAUUAAGAGACGAAGAUACGACGAGAACGAGAGAGUUACCAUUGGGGUUUGAUCAUUCGUUUGAUUGAGGUGAAUACAAAUAAAAUAUAAUGCAAUAACGACUAAAUACUUAUUAUUUACGUGAGUGAGGGACUGAUGAGACAAUUGGACCAGAAAUCAUUGUAAUGUGUAUGUAAUGUUAAUAAGAGAGCGAUAAUGGGUGAUUAUUGACUCGAUUUGUCGAGAAUAUAGUAAUAUAUUAAGAUUCGAUGAGACAGCGUUUGAAUAUCGAUUCGUACUGGUGUUUUAACAAUUUAUUUAAAUCCAGAGACCUGCAUUUUUUUAUCAGUGUGCGUGCUAAUUUUCUAAUACUUUAAUUUGUUGUACUGCCCGCAAAUAUCUUUCUUCUUCUUAUUUUUAUUAUUAUUAUUUUUUAUAUUAAUCAUGCCAAAGAGGUUGUUCUGCAUCGUGAGCGGCACAUUUGUCAAGCUAGUUAAUAAUAAUGAGGUCUAACAAUUAUCCAAUUAAUCCUGAAACUCAGUUUCCCUCAUUCACUAAUCCGAUACAAUAAAUAAUUAUCAGCAACAUUUUUCUCUGUUGAUUAAGACGAUAAAACAAAAGGUCUAUGGACAUUCCACUGAAGGCAUAUUGUGCCUGUCCACCUCUGCGCAAACCUAAAAAUUGUUGUACAUAAUAAAAAACAACUUAGUGACGAAUA